AUGGGCAGCCAGGAAGCAGAGACUCAGGAGACUUUGCAAACCCCAGGUGGGAUUCUAGAAAAUGGCAGACCAGAAGUUCCCAGUGAAGAGUCAAGCAGAUUUACCAGAGAUCAGCUCUUCACAAUGGCAGCAACAGCUUGUUUAAACUUCAGUUCAAUGAUUUGCUAUUCAAUCCUGGGGCCCUUUUUUCCAAGAGAGGCAGAGAAAAAGGGUGCCAGUGAUACGGUUAUUGGACUGAUUUUUGGAUGCUUUGCUUUAUCUAAUUUCUUGACUUCUUUAAUAUUAGGCAAUUAUCUUGUACAAAUUGGAGCCAAAUUCAUGUUUGUGGCUGGAAUGUUUGUCUCAGGAUGUGUUACAAUUCUGUUUGGUAUGUUGGAUAGAGCACCUGAUGGACCAGUAUUCAUUGGUUUGUGUUUUCUGGUUAGAGCGAUGGAUGCCAUAGGCUUUGCUGCAGCAGUGACAGCUUCAUUUUCUAUUCUUGCAAAGGCUUUUCCCAAUAAUAUAGCUACAGUAAUGGGUAGUCUUGAAACAUUUACAGGGCUUGGACUGGUGCUGGGCCCACCUAUAGGUGGCUUUUUGUAUCAGUCCUUUGGCUAUGAAGUCCCUUUCAUAGUACUAGGAUGCAUAGUGCUGAUCCUGGUGCCUCUGAACAUGUACCUCUUACCAAAAUACGAUGCAAUCGCUACCAAGGAAUCCUUCUGGAUGCUCAUUACUCUGCCAAAAGUUGUAUUUCUCUGUUUUACUAGAUUUUCACUAAGUGCGUGUUUAGGCUUUCUGGAUCCCACUAUGUCACUGUUUGUUUCAGAGAAGUUCAAAUUACCGGCUGGUUAUGUGGGUUUAGUAUUUCUAGCGUUGGCACUCUCCUACUCCCUGUCUUCACCAUUACUUGGGCUUCUAAGUGAUAAAAUGCCACACCUAAGGAAAUGGUUGUUGGUCUUUGGAGGCUUACUGACAGCACUGUCGUUUUUCCUGUUAGGACCUGCUCCCAUCUUGCACAUUGAAAGCAAACUCUGGAUGUUUGUCCUAAUGCUGGUUUUAUAUGGCUUUUCCUUUGGGAUGACUGGUGUCCCACUGUUUCCUGAGAUGCUCAGUUGUGCUUAUGACAAUGGAUUCGAGCAGGGGUUAAGUGCAUUAGGACUGGUGUCUGGACUCUGUGGUGCAAUGUGGUCACUUGGAGGUUUUGUAGGACCAACAUUAGGUGGAUUCCUAAAUGAGAGGCUGGGGUUUGAAUGGGCUGCCGCCAUACAAGGAGGAUGGGCGUUAUUAAGUGGGCUAGCUAUUGGAAUAUUCUAUAUCCUAGAGGCCUCACGAAGAAGAAGAUCCAGCCUACAGAUUCCUCCAGGCACAAAUGAAGAAAGAGUUCAUCUUUUGGCUAGUGAGACGUAGCCAGUAAUAUUUUUGGAUCACUGUUCAUUUUUUAUAGUUAAC